GGUGGUCUGACUAUGGAAUCUGGUGAAACCAAAUGUUAGUACCUUCAAAGAUGUCCUUUGGCCCCAAUUGGCAGCAUUGUGGUUUUCUGGAUGGCAGCAGAGGACAGAGAAAUGAUGGAAGCCCGGGGAGCAGGAGAAAGCUGCCCAACCUUCCCCAAAGCGGCGCCUGAUGACCCCAUGUCUGAAGGGAAAUCAAGGGCUUCUUUGGAGGCAGAGUCCCCGAAGCCAGACUCUACCCACGACCACCUAGAGGAGAUGGAAGCUUGCGAGAACGGAGGCUGCACAGGGCCACCCAAGUCAGGGUCCUCCAAGGCUGGCUCCACCACCAAGGGCCAGGCGGGCGACGGGCCUGAACUCGGGGAGCUGCCCCCCGCUCCGGCCGCCCCGGAGACCCCGGGGACCGAGCGCAACACCGAGAUGGAGCUGGAGAAGGUGCGCAUGGAGUUCGAGCUCACGCGGCUCAAGUAUGUGCACGAGGAGAACGAGCGCCAGCGGCAUCACGAGGAGGUGAUGGAGCAGCUGCAGCAGCAGGUGACGCCCCGCCUGUUCUCGGGAGGCCUCCAGGACCUCCUGCUUCCCCAGAACCAGUUUGCCAUGUUCCUGUACUGCUUCAUCUUUAUACACAUAAUCUAUGUCACCAAGGAGAUGAUCUUCUUUCUCUUCUCCAAGCACUACCUGUUCUGCAUUGCGGCUAUUUUGCUCUGUUUGAUUAAAACUUUAUGGUCCUACUUCUAGGUGCUUUUGCUCCCUCCAUCACUG